AUGGGUCCUAAUCGGAAUGUUGGUCAGAACACUCAUCAUAGGAGGGAACUAGAGAAGAAUUUCACUCCCAUUCCUAUGACGUACACAGAAUUGUUACCUCAUCUCUUAAAGAAAGACAUGGCCAGUAUUCGUCCCAUGAAACCUUUACAACCUCCAUACCCUCAUAAUUAUGAUCCAAAUGCAAGAUGCAAUUUUCAUGGGGGAAGCAUUGGCCAUUCGACUGAAAGGUGUAUGGGUCUUAAGUUCAAAGUACAAUCGCUAAUUGAUGCAGGAUGGUUGAAGUUCCACGAAGACAAACCUAGUAUUGAGGUCAACCCCCUUGCCGAGCAUGAAAAUGCUUCAACAAAUGCCAUCGAGGUUGGACGACACAAGCUAGUAAGGAAUGAUCUGAUUGACAAAAGCUGCAUACAAAUAUGCUAUGAGGAUAAAGAAGGAGAAGUAUUUGCACAAACUGGUGGAGAGUCCAAUAUGACUUUACGAGAACCAUUAGUGAUUCCCUAUAGAAGUGAUAAGACUGUCCCAUGGAAAUAUGACACACAUGUGAUUGAGGAGGAAUGCGAUGAGCCAAUCAUUGAAAAUAUAUCAAGCAUUGGCAGGAUGAGGAAAAGUGGACGAAUCUCUCCACCGUCGCUUUGGACAAAGGAAGAUGUGGAACUUUCAAAAGAAAAGAUCAGGCCAUCAAAUAAGAAUGUUAAAGAAAUUUUCGGUGAAGAGGCAUGUGAAUUCUUGAAAUUUAUACAACAAAGUGAAUAUAAAGUGGCGGAUCAACUGAAACGCAUGCCAGCAAGGAUCUCCCUCUUGGAACUACUCAUGCAUUCAACCUCGCAUAGAAAGUUGUUAAUGAAAGUACUCGAUGGGGCUCAUGUAGAGCAGAAUAUUUCCUUGGACCGGUUCGAGGGGAUUGUUAACAACAUUACUACUAAUGAUUACCUCACCUUCACUGAUGAAGAAAUACCUGCUGAGGGAAGAGGGCACAAUAAAGCCCUUCAUAUCUUUGUAAAAUGCUUGGAUCAUACCAUAGCAUGUGUUUUAAUUGAUAAUGGUUCCUCUUGGAAUGUAAUGCCUAAGGUAACACUGGAGAAAUUACCAUAUGAUGUGAUUCACUUGAAGCCAAGUACUAUGAUCGUAAGAGCUUUUGAUGGGACCAAGAGGGAUGUUAUGGGAGAGAUAGAUUUGCCAGUACAAGUUGGUCCAUGUGUUUUCCAGAUAACCUUUCAGGUCAUGGACAUUCACCCAACCUAUAGUUUCUUGUUAGGUCGCCCUUGGAUCCAUUCGACGGGAGUGGUGCCCUCUACAUUACAUCAAAAACUAAAGUAUGUCAUGGAUAAUCAGCUAAUCAUAGUCUCAGGAGAAGAAGACUUCCUUGUAAGAGGGCCCUUGUCUACUCGCUAUAUCGAGGCAGCAGAGGAGGCUCUCGAGACCGCGUUUCAAUCAUUGGAGAUCAUUGGAAAUACCUAUAUAGAAUCAAUGCCAGUAAAUCCGUACCUGUCUUGUGCCUCUCUUAUGACAGCUAAGGUCAUGCUAAAAGAGGGUUUGAAGCACGGAAAAGGUCUUGGAAAAUACGGGCAAGGAUGA